UGUCUCCCUCCGCCCUGCUCAUCUCUGUCUGCUCUGACACACUCCCUCGCGCAGACAUACACCUCAAAAUCUCUCUAGCAAUAUCAGACCUCCAUCUCAACAUCACUGCCGCGAUAUCAGACCUUCAUCCCAACGUUACUCCAGCAGCGUGUGUCCAGCGCGAGUUCGCUGUGGAGCAGCAGUACGGAAGCUGAUUCUCGAUGUCAUGGAAACAGAUGCUCGGAUAAGAGCGUCACAUCCCACUGCCUGUGCUGUCUCCCAGUCUUUAACCUGAGUUUCAAGAGGGAAUGACCGUCAGAAUCCAUCGCUGUGAAAAGGCAACUGUGGCAUCAUGAAUUCCUCACUAAUUCUCUCGCUCAUGUUGCUCUUCUGUAUCAGAGUAUCGGGGCAGUGCUGGCAGGCCGCAACCUACUCUGAGAGCGUAGUGUCUCCGGAGCUGAGGAGCAGCAGUAUUUUGCGGGUUCCAGAUGUGUUGUCUCUGGCCCAGUGUGCGGGAGCCUGUUGUGAUCUCCCGGGCUGUGACCUGGCCUGGUUUUUUGAGCGGGGCUGCUAUGUCCUCAGUUGUCAACACAAAGAGAACUGCCAGCCAAAGCAGAGACCAGGUACUGACUCUCUCCUGGCAUUUUUGCAACGUGGUCCCCCACAGACACUUGUUCUGCAAUCCCUGGUUCGAGAAGAGUCUUUCCCAAACCACUGGCAGCCCCUGCACAGGUCAGAGGACCCCAUGAAGGACCUUGCCUUGUUGGAAGGCAUUCAGGAUUUGGACAACACUGAUGCUGAGUAUGCUGAGAAUUUCAGAAGUGUGGAUGACAAAAGAGCUGAAGACAGAAAUGCUGCAACAGUAGAACAAGAAGAGCGACCUGGGCUAUAUGAUUGGCCACUUGUAAAAGAAGGAAAAGAAGAAUUCAACCAAUCAGAGACAGAGAAAAUUGGUGACGACAGACUAACAACAGUGCAGGGCCCUCUUGAAAGCAGCCCCUUACCUAUAAGUCCCCUCCCAGAAAUGAGAAAUGAAAGCAAAUCAUCUCUUAAUGAAGCCGAUUCUGAUGUUACGCCCCCAAAAAGCAAUUUUCUUUUAUCAUUAAAGGUUGAAGAAGUCCCACAGAACAUUUCAUCUACAACUGCUGCACCUAACGACCUGCAGGAUAUCAGCACAGAGCCGUCGAGGUUCAGCACAGACAGUGGUUCCUUCGUUACUUCUCCAAGCACUGAGGCCACGCUGCAAAUGAUCUCAGAAGAGCCAGUAAGACCCCUGACUGUGUCCAUUAGUGGCCCUGUGGAGGUCACACUGCCUCAAAAUACUGUUGAACUAACUGCUUCUGUAAAUCUAGAAGACAUUGCUGCUCCUUACACGUAUGAGUGGACUUUGGUAGCCUCACCAGAUAGACACCACGGGGUGAUAGAGGGGCGGCACAAGUCUAUCCAACUUUCAGAACUUUCCGUGGGUGUCUAUACUGUCAGAGUGAGUGUGAAAGCACAACAAGCGUAUGGAGAAAGUACUGUGAACUUCACAGUACACCCUGCCGUGAAUAUAAACAAGCCUCCUAAAGCCAUCACUCUGCCCAAGAGCCAAGAUGUGCUUCUCCAAGAAGGUUCCAUCUUCAUCAUUAAUGGGAGUCAGAGUAUGGAUGAUGCUGGAAUAGUCAGUUACUUGUGGGAGAAGGUGGACGGCCCUUUUUGGAAACCUGAAGGCCCUUUUGAUACACCUGUACUCCAGCUGCAAAAUCUUUCACCAGGAGAAUAUACCUUUAAGCUGACAGUGUCUGAUUCUGAUGGGCUGACCGACUCCAGCACUGCCACUGUAAGGGUCAGCAAACCAAAAGAUGACCCACCUCGGGCCAGAGCAGGCACUGACCAGGUCGUCACCCUGCCCGUCGACCACCUCACCUUGUGGGGUAACCACAGCACGGAUGACCACGCCGUUACAAGCUACCUCUGGACUCUCCAUCCCAGCAGCCUGAAUCAAAAGAUUACCAUGCAGGAUGUAAGAUCACCGUUCCUGCAGCUAUCUGAUCUCCGGGAGGGUCGGUACAUGUUUCAGCUGACAGUCACUGACUCCAGAGGUCAACAGGAUUCAGACACCGUCUCAGUCACUGUGCUGCCUGCAAACAAAGCACCAGUCGCUAUAACAGGACCAGACAGGCAGCUCCUCCUCCCAGUCAACAGCAUCACGUUGAAUGGCAGCGACAGCACUGAUGAUCAGGCCGUCAUCAGCUACCAGUGGGACAUGCUCAGUGGCCCUCCAGGCUUGAAGAUAGAAGAUGCCAAUAAAGCAGUUGCCAUAGCGACUGGCCUGAGAUCUGGGAAUUACAAGUUCAGGCUGACUGUGACAGAUCAGCAAGGAGAAACAGACAGUGCAGUCCUAACCAUCACCAUUAAAGAACCAAAAAGCUUGCCACUGGUCGCCCCAUGCCAGCGGCAGCCACACACACUCACUCUACCCAACAACUCUCUGGUGCUCAGGGGCUCCGUGUCCAACAGUGGAACAGCAAAUGAAUCUUUUCUUUGGGUCAGAGAUGAACAGAGCCCUGCUGCUGGGGAUGUGUUAUAUGGUUCAGAUCAUGAGGCCUUCCUUUACCUUGCCAACCUGGUAGAAGGAACGUACCUGUUCCAGCUCCGGGUCACUGAUGUCCAGGGCCGAUCAAGCAUGGCUACAGCCACUGUGGAAGUAUGCCCUGAUCCACGUGAGCGAGAGGAGGUGGAGCUUGAGCUGCAGGUGGGCGUGGCUCAGGUCAGUCAGGAACAGAAGGACACGGUGGUGAGACAGCUGGCAGCAUUACUGCAUGUUCUGGACUCAGACAUUGCACUGAAGGGCCUGCACGGCCAGUCAGACAUCAGCACAGUAUUUAGGUUCUCGGUGCAGGGUCCUGAUGGUACGAUUCCAGGACCUAAGCUCGCUCGUCUGCUGAGAAACCAGCUGUUGCAAGAGAAAACUGACUUCUUGCUCUUUAAGGUCUUAAGAGUGGACACAGUCAUGUGUUUGCUGCGGUGUUCUGGACGUGGUCAGUGUGAUCCCAUAACAAGGAGCUGUUGCUGUGACCCUCUUUGGAUGGAGAACCCCAUUCGGCGCUUCCUUGAUGAUGGCGAGAGUAAUUGUGACUGGAGCGUGUUGUAUGUCACAAUCUCUUGUUUCGGGACAAUCAUUUUCCUCUUGUCCGUCAGCUGGAUUUGUGUCUGCUGCUGUAAAAGAGGGAGACGCACAAAAGUGAGGAAGAAAACUAAGUACACAAUACUAGACAAUAUGGAUGAGCAGGAGAGGAUGGAGCUUCAGCCAAAGUACAACAUUAAACACAGGAGCACAGAGCACAACUCCAGCCUGAUGAUGUCAGAAUCAGAGCUGGACAGUGAGCAGGACAACCUUUUCAACUACGGGAAAUCUCGGAACAGAGCCAAUGGAGCGGUCAGAAAUGGAGACACUUUCAGCCUUUGUCCUGUGGAGGGCUGAGUCUCACAUGGACAUUUCUUUAUAGUGGAUAUUUACAAUACAAGAGUAUUGUUAAAUAUUCCACAAAUACAGAUGCAGAUAUAGACCGGCUGAAUGAAUGGGCUGCUAAACUUAUCGACUACUGAAUGCAGUUGGUCUUGUAAUGAAUAUUCACCGGUUUUCUGAAUGAUACGGUCAAUUACCAAUCGCAUAUUCAUUUUGAAUAUAAAAAUAUCUGUGCAUACUCACAUAAUCGCAAUUGAUCUCACUGUAUUCUUAAUAAUGCUUGUAUGUUCAGUGACGCAGUGCAAGCAGUUAGUUAUUUUGUUAUUUAUAUGCUUCUAUGAUAGAAUUUGGGGAGAAGCUGCAAAUAACUGAUGCAUAGAACAGCAAAAUCAAAAAAGAAAGCAAAUGCCAUUCUUCUUUAUGCAAAACAUUUUAUUUGUACUGAACUUUCUGAAUGUUAAUGUGCCUGAUUGAAAUGCAUUAUUUUUGUUAUGGUUUGGUGGUAUACUGAUUCUGUACACUGGUAUUUGUCUUUAUAGCAUUCUAGUUUUACAACCUUUUAAAAAUGUCUGCUUUAGCUAGAAUUGCAAUAGAUGCCAGUUGUAUCAGGCAUAUUGUGAGAUGCAUUUCUCUUAUGUUCUUUUCUGUUUUAAUGCAGCUGGAGAUGCAAAAAAAUCCAAGACAUGUGGCCCUUUAAAGAGGUUAGACUGUUUUAGAACCAAAACAAAAGUUCAAUAUUUAUAGUAUCAGUGGCAGAAAUGCAAUGAAAUUGAGUUCACAUAUUAAUGAAAAUGGCACAACUGAACAAAUAGCAGAAAUUGAAAUCUCCAGAUUUGAAGGUUCUCAGCUGUAUAUUAAGUCAUUGUACCUUUAUGUGCUUUUAUCUGCAAAAAUUUCACUCCUAAGGUAAGAAAAUGAAUAUACUUCUAAACAUUUACAUACAUAUAACAGUUCACAAUACAAUUAGGUAUAUCAAUAGAGAAUUAAUAUUUUUAACAAUAAAAAAAAACAAAAAACAUUAAAACAGAGAAAAGUUUUUUUUUUUAAAAUACACUUGCAAAUACAACAUUUGGCCACAGAAUUUUUUUUACUUGACAAAUCUCUAUGCAUUAAUACUUAAAAUCAGAAUUGUCUAUCCGGAAACAUGAGCACCCAAAAACAUCCCAUCACAGUCAAUGGUUCAUUUUUAACA